GCAAGCUGCGCCGCUCACAUUCCCGGAGGCGCUUGGCCCGGCGGCUCGACGAGGGGGAUGGCUGGCGCACUCGCGCUCCCCGCUGUCGGCGAGAGGCGGCUCCAGUCGUGACAGCAGCAACAAGGAAGUGGAGGCGAGGGCUCGCGCGCGCAUCCCGGGGGCUGAAGGAGCCCCGGCCCCGCGGCCCCGCCCGGCGACACACGGCGCGGAGUCGCGACAGCCCCUCUCGCUUCCCCUCCUCGGAGUCGCGAUAUGGGGUCCUGAAGGGCAAGAAUAGGAGCACAGGUUCGCUCCGCAGGCUCCUCACCGAUGCCUGCCGAGGGCCCCGGGGGUCAAGCCCCGGGGAGCUCGAGGAAGACGGCAGGGACACGGUCGUCACCGAGGCACCGGUUUGGCGGCUGCACCGGCAGGAGCGGCACACCACGGAUCGCCAGGGAGACCCGUCCCGGCGGCCCUCGCGGCGCACCGGAAGCGGUCGGCGGCGCGUGACUGCAUGCGACCCCUGGCGCAAGCGCAACAGCCCAGCCCUAGCUUGGGGGCGGACCCACACGAACUGCUCAAAGGCUUGGAGGGGGUCUAGUAAGGCGAACGGACUGCUUCCGGCCAGAGGUCCCGGGCGGAGGAGGAAGCUGUAGCUGCCGGCGGUGGGACGCCCCGGCCGCUCAGACCCCGGGCACUGCUGUGGGGCGUUCAGUUUUCCACACUUGGGGCAAAGCAAGCCACGAGGAGGAACCAGACAGUCCUGUUAGUUGUGGCCAGCCCUCAUUCCCUGGAAAUGGCAAACAAGGGGAACAAGAAGCGUCGGCAGUUCUCUCUGGAGGAGAAAAUGAAAGUUGUGGGAGCUGUAGACUCAGGCAAGAGGAAAGGUGAUGUGGCAAAAGAAUUUGGUAUCACUCCCUCUACUUUAUCUACAUUCUUAAAGGAUCGCACCAAAUUUGAAGAAAAGGUGCGGGAGGCAUCCGUGGGACCCCAGCGGAAAAGGUUGAGGAGCGCUCUUUAUGAUGACAUUGAUAAGGCUGUUUUUGCUUGGCUUCAAGAAAUCCAUGCCAAAAACAUUCUUGUGACUGGUUCUGUCAUUCGGAAAAAAGCACUAAACUUGGCCAACAUGCUUGGCUAUGACAAUUUUCAAGCAAGUGUGGGCUGGCUGAACAGAUUUAGAGAUCGCCACGGAAUUGCUUUGAAAGCAGUCUGUAGAGAAGAUAGUGACAGGUUAAUGAAUGGUCUAGGAAUAGAUAAGAUUAACGAGUGGCAUGCAGGGGAAAUUAUAAAACUGAUUGCUGACUACAGCCCAGAUGAUAUCUUUAAUGCUGAUGAGACAGGAGUGUUUUUCCAGUUGCUUCCCCAGCACACACUUGCUGCUAAAGGAGACCACUGUAGAGGGGGCAAGAAAGCAAAGCAGCGGUUGACAGCACUCUUUUGUUGCAAUGCCUCGGGGACUGAAAAAAUGAGACCAUUGAUUGUUGGUAGGUCAGCCAGCCCACACUGCCUCAAGAACAUUCAUUCCCUCCCUUGUGAUUACCGAGCCAACCAGUGGGCUUGGAUGACAAGGGAUCUGUUUAAUGAGUGGCUGAUGCAAGUGGAUGCCAGGAUGAAGAGGGCGGAACGCCGGAUCCUCUUGCUCAUAGACAACUGCUCUGCUCAUAACAUGCUUCCACACUUGGAAAGGAUUCAGGUUGGGUAUCUGCCCUCCAACUGUACUGCUGUCCUGCAGCCACUGAAUCUUGGCAUAAUUCACACCAUGAAAGUACUGUACCGGAGCCACCUUCUAAAACAGAUCCUCCUCAAGCUCAACAGCAGUGAGGAUCAAGAAGAGGUGGACAUCAAGCAGGCCAUCGACAUGAUUGCUGCAGCGUGGUGGUCAGUCAAGCCAUCCACAGUGGUGAAAUGUUGGCAGAAGGCAGGCAUCAUCCCUAUGGAAUUUGCAGAAUGUGACACAGAAUCAGCAGCCAGUGAACCAGACAUUGCCAUUGAAAAGUUGUGGCACACAGUGGCUAUUGCCACCUGUGUCCCAAAUGAAGUAAAUUUCCAGGACUUUGUUACUGCAGAUGAUGAUCUCAUUAUCUCUCAGGACACAGACAUCAUCCAGGACAUGGUGGCUGGCGAAAAUACCAGUGAAGCAGGAAGUGAAGAUGAAGGGGAGGUAUCUUUACCAGAGCAACCAAAAGUCACCAUCAUAGAAGCCAUAUCAAGUGUACAGAAACUUAGACAGUUCCUUUCCACUUGUGUAGACAUUCCUGAUGCCAUUUUUGGACAAUUAAAUGGCAUAGAUGAAUAUUUAAUGAAAAGAGUGACACAAACCCUUAUUGAUUCCAAAAUUACAGAUUUCCUCCAAACAAAAUAAUGCAGGAAUUUAUUUCAGAAAAUGUAGUUUACAAGAAUAAAGAUUUCUUUAGAUAGGUUGUUGAGCCAAUUUAAGUAAAGCAAUGUUAUUAUGACAACAUUCCAGUACUCUGAAAUAGCCAGGAAACUUCUUUGAAUGGAAUUUGACUAAUAUGUGUGUUUUCUUUUCUUUUGUUUUUGGCUGUCUCUGGUCCUUGAUUCAAGAUGUAUUUUGAUUCAUCCAAGGGUUUCCAAACUUGUCUGCAAAUUAGGAUCACUUGAGAAUCCUUUAAAAAUUCCAAAGCUCAGGCCAUAUCCCAGGCCUAUUAAAUCACAAUCUUUGGUGAUGGGUCACAGGCAUUGGUAGUUUUGAAGCUCUCCAGGUGAUUGCAAUGUGCAGACAAAUUUGAAAACUGAACCAACCACAGGAACAUCAAGUACACUGUGGGCCUGGGUCCAGCUUCUUUCCAGUAAGUGUAUCUCAGGGGCUUCCAAAUUUAGCUCACAUCAGAAUCACUUGGAAGGCUUGUUAAAACCCAAGGCUGCUAGGCCCACCCCCAGAGUUUGAUACAGUAGACCUCAGGUGGGACCCAAAAAUUUGCAUUUCUAACACAUUCUCAGCUGAUGCAGUCCAUGCUUUGAAAACCACUGGUCUAGCUUUAGAUAGGAUAUUGAGCCAAUUUAAAUAAAGCAAUACACUGGUCUAGCUGAGUUCUAGAACUUCUCUCUUUAGCUGGCCAUCUGAAUACUCCCCCAUCACUAAUUGUUAAAAAAAGAAUCAACUGUUCUUACUCUAGAGCUCUUUUUUCCUUUCUGCUGAUUUGCUGGAAGCACUACAAGACUUCUGUUUGUUCAUUUGUUUGUUUGUUUGUUUGUUUUUAAAGAUGGGGUCUUGUUAUAUUGCCUAGGCUGGAAUGCAGUGGUUAUUCACAGGCAUGAUUAUAACACACUACUCUCUCUAACUCCUGGCCUCAAGCCAUCCCCCCAAAUAGAUGGGACAACUGAAUGCACACUGCCAUGCUGGCCUUACGAAAUGUUUUAAUAGGCAUUUCACUAAUAGGGAUCUGGAGUACAAGGAAAUACAGUGCAUUUAAGACAUAGGCUGGGCAUGGUGGCUCAUGCCUGUAAUCCCAGCACAUUGGGAAGAUCACUUGAGGCAAGGAGUUUGAGACCAGACUGGCCAACACAGCGAGACCCUCAUCUCUAAAAAAAAAAAAAUUUAAUAAGACAUGGACACAACCAGGGAGGGAGGUUAUAAUAAUAGAGCAUCCUGUUAAUCAGAAUCAUGGGGGAGAACGUACAGCCCAGCGUGCCUCUCACUUUCCAGAAAGGGUGAGAGGAUCAUUAGAGAGUUCAUUAGAGAGUAUUUAUUCCUAAUAAGUCAGAUAAAUGUCAGUUUCAUUUUUAGAAGUUUCACACAAUACCUGCUAAUGGUGUGAUGUCAUUUUUCCCCCUGCUUCAGGUUAAUUUUUUGGAUAUUUCAGAAACCCAUAGCAAUUCAGUGAUUUUUCUUUCUGUAGUAGCUCAGUCAAAACAGAUAACAGCAGAUUAAUCAUAGAAAAUGUUGCUUCCACAUUAACAAAACAAUCACUGAAAAAAGCAGAUGUUUAAAUUGCUUAUUUUAUAGCUUAUUUUGGAUAUUUUUUCUUUUAAUAAACUAAUAUGAUCAUUUGAAU